AUGGAUAUCCAUGUUGUAUCCAAGUUGGACAGCAGCCAACAUGCAGCCUUCCAAAUGACCAAACCCAGUUUACCCCUCGCCCCCUCUUCCGUCCGGGUACAGCCAACCCUUGUGAGUCUCGCAUCCAACAACCUCACGUACGCCGGGAUGGGCGACAUGCUCCACUGGUGGGAUCCCUACCCUGUACCUGCGACCGCUCCUGUUCCCUACAACAACCGAUCCGUCUGGGGGAUCGUACCGGCCUGGGGGUUCGCCAAGGUGAUUGCCAGUACGACUGUCAGUUUACCGGGCGAGACAACUUUUCUCUGGGGGUAUUGGCCUUUAUCCAGCCAUGUGGUGGAUCUGCAGUUGAUUGUCGCCGAGCCAGAGGGUCACUGGAUGGAAGUCUCGCCGUAUCGUCAAGCUUUGCUACCGCUAUAUAACAGGUACAUACGCGUCAAUAACAAUACUCUUACUCUCAGUACUUCCAAUAAUCUGAGUACUGUUGAUUGUCAAGGCUGGGAAGCCUCCAUGCGACCGGUCUGGGCCUGUGGCUAUCUGCUCAGCGAGUACGUCUUCACUCCAAACCCACAAACACAUCCACCAGUGCAUCCGACUGGGAAUUUCGCCCAGGAAGCAUGGACGACGAUGGAAGCAGAUAUCUCUGAAGCGGUGGUGAUCAAUCUCUCUGCUUCGUCCAAGACAGGUCGCGCACUCACAUAUAAUCUCUGCGGUCGGCCGGCUGGGACGGGACCUCUGGGUCUGCUUCAGAUCACCUCGUCGCCAUCUGCCAUUGCACAAGCCGAUCUCUCGUCUCUUUUUCCUGUUCACGUGGUCUCUUAUACGCAGGUUUCCUCUUCUGCUGUGGUUCAGUCUGUUGAGGAGUGGCUUGUCAGUCGACAGCCGAAGAAGAUCGUCAUUGUCGACCACGGCGGGCGCGAUGGGAGUCUGUUACAGUUACACAGUUUGAUAAAAAACAAUCCUUUCUUGAAGACUUGCCAGUUGAUGGUGCUUGCAGUGGGAUUGCAACAAAAGGUUUAUAAAAUGGAGGAUCUUGAAGCCAUGCAGAAAACGCUCAUCCAUCUUCACCAAAUCCAGGUCAACACGUCUGCCAUGCAGGAAGCUGCUAUAGCAACCACAGGGCCAACACAGUACUUCGGCGAGCUGGACCAGCGAUGGGCCAGCUGGCUGGCAGGUAAAGAGGCUGCUGCUCCAGACCUACGCCUUGUCUGGGGGAAAGGUGUUGUCGGGGCUCAGGGGAUUGAGGGGGGAUGGGAAUCACUCUGUCAAAGUAGAGUCAAGCCAGACGAAGCGUUAGUCUAUACUAUAGCAUGA